GAGAAAGGGGACUGGUCGGGGUCGAGCUUUGGCUACCGUUACUAUGAUGUAUCUCUCACGUGAGGUCACCGUCCGUGUCCGAAGUGACGGCCUUCGCCUGACCGAGGACGAUGGCUCGGGUGGUGGUGGUGGUGGUGGACAUACCAUUGUUACCCUCCCUCCGAGUCGCCUCUUGGCUGCUGGUCGCUCCAAGUACUCUAAUCGUGUGGUGGAGAUCGCCACUGUCGAGUACGCCCCAGAGCCGUCAGGCUGCUGUGCUGGCUGCUGCUGUUGCUGCUCUCAUGGUACUCCCCGUCCCCACCUGUGGUGGGGGCCUUGAUGCUGACUCGGAAGAUGACGUUGGCGUUGAUGGGCACCAUGUAGGCGGCGGAUUUGAUGGCGCACAUCACGACGUCAAGAUACGGAUGCUGCAACUGACGUCGACAUCGACCGCCAUUGUGGCGAACUUGCUGAAUGCACUUGCCGAGAUCUUGCCCCCGCCGCCGCAGUCAUCGGCACUGGUGUACAACCCCGCUUCAGGCAACGGCAAGCUCCACACCAACUUUCUUGCUGGUGCUGCCGACCUUGCACACCUGCAGUCUUUGCAAGUGGAGCUGGUGGAGACCGAGGCGCCUCAGGACGCGACGAGAUGGGCGGCGAGUCUCGACGCCGAUGUUGCGUCCAGGUGGGAUUACAUCGCGGUGGGCGGUGGCGACGGCACACUGUACGAAGUCGUGCAGGGUCUCUUUUCGCACCCGCGGUGGAAGGAGCUCGCCAAGAUUCCGCUCAUCCCGGUCCCGCUCGGCUCGGGCAACGGGCUCGCGCUCUCUCUGGGCAUCUCGUCACCAACCAUGGCACUGGUGGCCAUGGCACGCGGCCUAGUGAGGCCGCUUGACGCCGCCUCAGUCUGGCUCUCGGCAACCAAGCGCAGGAUCUCGUUCCUCUCGCUCCAGUGGGCCUUCCACGCCGAUGUGGACAUUGACUCGGAAAAGUGGCGGUGGAUGGGCGACACGAGGUUUUCGGUCUACGGUGCGCUCCGGUGCAUCGCCAUCCGCAAGUACCCCGGCUACGUCGUGUACCAAGAGAGCGAUGAGGCUGUAUCUCCUGAGUUCUGCCACGCUGCUGUUCGCUGCCCCGGCUGCGAGGCGGAGGCGAACCACUCGUCGGUCUCUUGCUCGGUUAGCGGCGGGCGGUCGUCGGCUUCAGAUGAUGGCUCGUACUCGAGCACGAACUCGUUGCAGGCCGAGACAGAGACGGACUCUUUGUCUUUGUCGUCGUCAGCAUCAGCGUCGGUGUCAGCGUCGGCGUCGAUCUCGGACGAAAUGAUCGUCCACGGACCGCCGGCGUCGGCCGCUGUCGCGGCCUUGCACUUUGUCUUUGAUGAGACGCCUGAGUCAGCAUCUCUGGCCGGCCGUGACGACGAGUUCGCGGUAGCGGCUGGCGUUGAUGACUUUGCGGUCGUUUCGGGCGAGCACGUUAUGUUCCUCGCAACCAACGUGCCGACCGUGGCCAAGGGAAUGGUCUUUUCACGACACGCGCACGCAUCAGACGGUGCGUGGGACCUGACGUUUAUGCAGCAUGCGAGCCGACUUGGCCUUUUGGGCAUGUUCUCGCAGAUCGAGGACGGUUCGUAUGCAGAUGCCGACAACGUGACGCAAGUCAAGUCGCGGGUCUUUGCCCUCCUUCCCGGCUUGCGCAGCAAGAGCCGCCCGUCGCACGUGGUCAUCGAUGGCGAGCCUGUUCGCUAUGGCCCUGUUAUUGUCCAAGUCCAUCACGCCCUUCUCCGGGUCCGAGUCCCGGACUGGGCAGCCAUCCUCUCUGCCAGCGAAUGAGGGCAAAUUGCCACCGAUUGCGCACACAGCACACACUCUCAGUUGCUGGUUGACUCGACGGCUCGUAGAGGUGCAAGCGCGAGUGACAGAGACCGUCAUCUAGGGUGUGGCUACUCACCCUGGACUGCCACACUGCUGGAGCCAACAGUGCAGUCUUCCAAGUGUGACGACUCGAAGCACGCUGAGCUCGAUGAACUGUUCGAAUCUCUCUCGGGAUCAACGUGGACGAACAACGGCGGGUGGGAGGCGAGGGGCCGUGUCGGCAGGCACGUCGUAUGCCGACUGCUCGUACUACGGCAACACAUGAGCGUGAAGUUGCAAAAAAAUUGUCGAGUUGCCACAAAAUAGUGUUUGGGC